AUGGGAGGUCAAUCCCCUCUUAAGGCCGAGGAAGGCAUCAGUGCAAUCAAGGAACUGUGCCAUGCAGCCAAAGCCAAGGAGAACAGGGAGUUUGGUGCUUUCAUUGCUGCCUCUACUGCAAGCAUGAUGGUGGCGUGGUACUUCCUCUCUCCAGAUGGCAGAGGAGCAUACAAUAUGCGUUACAUCAUCCCGAUGCUUCUUGGCUUUGCAUGUCUCACCAGUGAUUUAUCCUUGAUGCUGCUGAGUCAGAACAUCAUUGAUCUCCAGGAAGACCUUGUUGUUGAUGUCCAACUUGUGGCCUCCAAAUGGCUUUCCUUGUUGUGCAGCAUAUUACCUGUGCUAACUUUGCUUAGCUCCUUGGUGCUUUCGGGGUAUAAGGUCUAUAGGUACAUUGGCCUCAUCAUUCUUGGUUUGGUGAUGACACCACUUGCUUUUCUGCGAUGGUACAUUGGACGCAACGUUGAGGGCAGCGGCGAACAAGUGGACAAUGAGCACAAGGAGCAGUUAGAGGCAGCCUUCAAGUUUAUUUCAGCCAUCAGCAACUCUGCGUUUGGUGGUUUGGUUGCCUUGGUGGUUAACUACAACAUCACGGGUUAUUCAGGAAGCACUAAGGGUGCCGUCCUCGCUGCCAUCUUCAUCUUGUUUACUACUGGCAUCUUGGGCCUUCUCUCAAUGGAGAUCCGGACGAAGGUACUAGAGAUCAACAACUCAAGACUUCGGGGAUCCAUCAUUAAAGCAAUGUGGUUCAUAAUUAUAUUUAUGCUUUUAUUGCUGUCUGGUGCAGCCCUCGCAGAAGUUUUUGCUAUAGUUGAGUUCUGGACCUUUGCUGCAUUCCUGCCUUUGGCUUUGCUUCUGCUAUCUACCUGUUCCCUGAGCGCAGUGUCCGUGUACCCAGGAACAAUAAUUCCAAUGAGUACCUGA